CCGACUCGCCUAGUGUGUUUUUGACAUCGGCCGAUGCAGUCGUGAGCUUCGGCGCGCGGAACGAUACUUUUAUUUAUAGUUUUUAAUCGAAUAAAGUCGUGUUUCGUUCGUGAACGCGUGUGUUUAACCGGGAUACAAUAAAUAUGAGUAUUGCUGACCUUAUCCAAGCUGCUGAAUUCAUCGAAAGGCGUGAUAGAGUGUUCUUUAUUGCAGAGUCGGAGCACGGUUACGCGUCCUGUUUACCGGCUUACGAGGAGACCAGAGCUGGAAGAAGGCGGCCGAAGACGAAAAAAUCGCAGGGAAGCAGGACAACUCAUAACGAAUUGGAAAAGAACAGGAGAGCACACCUCAGAAGCUGUCUGGAGAAACUUAAAGACAUGGUACCGCUGGGUCCCGAGGCUUCCCGACACACUACAUUAGGAUUAUUAACAAAAGCCAAAAGAUUUAUAAAGAGCUUAGAAGAGCGGGAGAAGCGGCAUUCGGGACACAAGGAGCAGCUCGCGCGGGAGCAGCGCUACCUCCGACGACGACUGGCGCAGCUCGGCACGACGCGGGGGCGCUCCCUCUCCGCCAGCCCGCUGCCGCCCGCGCACUCCACGCGGGCUGACUCCUUCUCCUCCCUAGAGUCCUCGUCCGGGGUCUCCACGGCGGACCGGUCGCCCUCCUCUGUAUCGGAAAGUGAUGAGGUGGACGUGAUAGGCUACACGUCGAACCAGAGCGACAGCGAGUCGCUGGGGUCUGCGCACAGCGGCGACAGCGGGGUGGGGGUCGCGCGGGGCAGGACGCGUCGUGCCACCACGCAGCGGCUCGCGAGGUACACGCGGAUCUAGGCGAACACCACGCGGCGCGGCGCCGUGGCGGCCAUAUUGCCGCGCGCAACCUCGUCAUCUUUGUAAACAAACGUAGGACAUUAUGUUGGUUCAUGUACUGGGACAACUGUUGUUCGUGACCAAGUGGGGACCCUUCCCGACCGCCGUACCCCGACCCUCGACCUCAGACCCUCGAGGCACAGGACUCGCCGCAGCUGGACUCUGGAGAGGCCAUCGUCCGCGCCGCAACACACGACACCGCUUACCAUUACCGAGUACAAAAUUGCCAAAAAAAAAUAUUUUCACAUGGUUGUAUUGUAUUCAAAAUUAUUGUAGCUCCUUUAUUCUCACUCAUAGUAGCAGGAAGAUGCCAUGCCACCUCUGAUACAUGAAUAUUAUAUAUUUAACGUAACAGUAAACAUGUUGGUUCCAAUGAUGUCAUAUAGUAUGGAACAUAAUAUGACGGCCAUUCUAAUGUGCCGCCGCGGCCUAUUAGUUAAAUUCUAUGGGUUAUCGAAUUGUGUUGCUUUUUAAUUUUUUUCUAUUCCGUUCUUCAUCACAUCAUUUUUAUCAAAAAAAAAAACACACAUUCUUAGAAAAAAAAAGUUAAUUUCGGAUCUCUUCUUUAUUUGAAAUAAGUAAUUACCCAUAAAUUAUAUGUUAUAUCCUAUGAUGCGUAAAUUCACUGUGGAGUGUACCCUGAUCUAUGAUAAACACGAAUUUUCGAAUGUCAAGUACAAUUGUUUUACAGUGAUAUUCUCAUUAAUAUAAAUAUCAUACCUAAAUAAUGUGCGUCAUAGUAUGUUAAUGUUUUGCGGUUUAAUUUUAAAGAAAAAUUUAAUAACGUUAAUAAUACUGGCCUUAAUAUUGUAUGUACCCCAUACUUAUGAGUUUCUUUCUGUAUUCAUAUUAGUUAGUUUAGACCUAGCAUCGAUUAAGAGUUAUUUGUCGAGAUACAUUGACAAUAGAUGACAUGUGUCAAAUCCAUGGUGAGGUGUCUAUGGCAUCUUUAUUUUGUCUAUGGCAUCUUCCGCGCUGGCUGCAGGUCUCAGCCAUCAGCCGUCGAUCAUCACAAGGGGCUCGCAGCGCUACAACGUCCCUCAUCUGCUAAUCACAUAUUAUAUUUUCUUAUACGCUUUUUUUUCAUUUAAACAAGUCAACGUAAUGUAAAAUCCUUAGUACUUAUUUGUUACUGAUUUUACAAUCAAUUAAGUGAUGUCGCUACUAGAACAAGUAGCGAAUGUUGUAUAGAUAAAUAUCAAUAUUAUAUUUUGUAUAUAACAAUAAUUGAAAAAAUUCUUGUAUAAAUUAAUCAAAUAUAAUUUAGAUCUAUUCUGAGCAGAACUGCUAAUGUUUAUAUUUUCAUGGGUUUUUUUUUUUUAUAAAAAGCGACCCACCAAAAAUCUAAAUAAAACCCUAACAUUUUUGGUACUUGAAAAAACGUUAUUGUUCAGUUUUAGUACCAAUAUAAUCGCGUAUCAUUUAUGUUUGUGUUUCACAAAAUAAUAAACUCUAUCUCAUACUGCACAGAUGUUUACUCGGUACGUGCCUCAAAUAAUUACUAACAUAUUAUUAAGUAUUAAAUAUUGAUUUAUUAAUGAUCUCACUUCGAUGUCACGAGUCUGGGCUGGUAAUUUGCCAUUGCUUUUAUUUAGUGUAAUAAAAGACUUAGUAUUUAUUUAGACAGUUCAAUUUACAUUAAAAUAAUCAGGCGUAUAAAUUAUUAGUUUCGUAGAAUAGUGGCAAUGAUUACUAGCACAGAUUGUAAAUUGUAUGGACACUCAUUGUACCAAAAAGAGAAAUAUUUUAUGAAAGUUCAACGACACAUCUUGUUGAUGGAGAAUAGAUAACUUUAGAGUACACAAUAUAUUUUUGUUAUUACUAUUAUAUUAUCUUAUAAUUAUUCAAUUGUUAAUUCAUUUUAUUGCGUACGAAUAUUGUUUCGUUGUAUUUCGAUUUGUAAUUAUCACGGCCCCGUUCAGACCUCACUGUCAUCUUAGUUCCAAAAGUCAGUUCAUUGAUAUUGUAAAUUGUUUUAGGUAUGAACUUUAUUAUAAGCAUAGUUGUAAUCAUUUGUAAGUAUAUUUGUUUUUAGAAAUGACAGCCUGAUCUCUUAAGAUUAUAAAUGUAUCAAACGCGGCCGAGCCGUGUAGACGUAUUCGUCCGUCGGGCGCUUCUAACACCGUUGACAACAUUCACCGCAUUAUAGGUUCACGCCGAACAGAAGCGACACAGUUGCUUCGUUUGUCAUUGUUUUGACAUCUGUCAUUGUUAUUACGAAAUCCGUGUCCUUUGAUUGUUGUGAAUCAACCCGAUGCUUGUCAAAUGAGGCUGACGUUGCAACUCUUGACCUUGACUUUGACUUUGUGGCCAGUAUGUUGAAAAGGUCAUACCCGUAAUCAAGAGCUCUGAAACCUUUCUGAAUAUGUGCUGAUAUUUUAUAUAUAUAUUAUUUAUUUUCGAAUUAUAAAGAAAUGUUUAGACAUUAUCACAGAAUUUUAUUUAUCAUAGAUUUUAGUACCAGUGUUUUGCUUCGAUACUUCUGUGAACCCCUAAACCUGUAGAUGGCGAUUUUUUUAAUGAUUAUCGUUUGGAAGUGUUACGGUUACGCGGCGACGAGACGCUAAUAAGAGUACAAAUUCUGUGUAAGCCCCUAUUCGAGUGUUAAUUAUUGUAAAUGUUAUUUGGUAAACACGAAACAGGGAGAAAAACCGCGAACGUCACUGUAAAGGCUCACUCAGACAGGUAGGGUCACCUGUCUAAGUUAGUCUUCCGCGAACGUAAUCUUCGCGGGCGACAGUUACCCCCGUUUGGACAGAUCUGCCUUCGGUGUUGUCUCUUCCUUUAUUAAAUCGUAUCUGUCCUUGUAUCCUAUUGCUACAGUGAAUUUGUUUUGCGAUAUCUUCCGUCUGUCCUCUCCUCUCGUAGCUGUAGGCGUAGCUCGCCAUAUGUUAACAGGUGUAUCACUGUAACGAUAGGGUAUUAGAAUAUCGCGUCGCACUGUAAGCGCGCGGAACUCUUUAGAUAAUAAAUGUGUUGUUAGAAAAUUGCAAUAAAAUCACUUCCGACAUCUUCCGUCGCCCCUCGACUGUCUACCCAACCUAGAUGCUGUAAAUUAUGAUAAUAUUAGUCCGGCAUGUAAAAAUAUCAGUGUAAAUAUAUUUGGAGGCAACAAAAUUUUUAUACAAUUAUUUCGUUUUAUUCUUGGACCAAGUAGAUGGAGGGGCGACGGAGGCUAAUUUGGGCUGGACUGCGAUGCGCCGACUCGAAACACAAACGUAUAAUAUUUUAAAUCAUUUAAAAAAUCCAACACUUUAUGCAAUAUAUAUCAUACUACUUGGGGCAUUACCUCAGCUUUAACACUACUCUCCCUUGUCCCUAGCUUUUGUUUAGAUUGUUUCUAAACAAAAGCUACGUGAAUUUAUUCUGUCUGAGUCUACCUUUACUUCUGUUGUGAGUGUCGAUACACGUAGUGGAGUAUUAAUGAGAGCCGCGAGUUCUUAAAUGUUUGUAAUAUAAUAGAUUUAAAUGGGCUCAAUUUCAUGUUUCACUAUCAAGUAAAAAUGUAGCUCGUUGACCACCUAAGAAGAUUCUUUAUGGUGUUGGAUUGUAUUUGAUGGUUAAACCCCAAUAUAAAGUAUAGGUUUCGAUCAAGAUAAUAGGUAUACAUUUUCCAUUAUGCAUUAUCUCUUCAUAGAAUUGCUAUUUGUAUGGAAAUAACUACAGACCGUUGUAUUUUGUUAGAUACGUAAUUUCCAUAUAAAAGUAGUUAAGUGUUCAUAUUCCAAUUCUAGCCAUAGACAAUGACACGAAUAGUAUUCCUCACUUCUUCAAAUGAAUCAGUUAUUCCAAAUUUAACCGGACGCAGACUUACAAUUGGUUCUUAAAUCUCCUCAGGCUGCUAUCUCCAGUUUUACUUGUUGUAGUCUACAUAUUAUUAUAUUUCUUGUCAUGCUGUGUCUUUCAUAUAGUAACAUAACAUAGUAACCGCGUAACGGUCAAGCGUACCAUAAAUAAUUAUUAAAUGCGGCAAUUGUUUUCAAGAUUAUGUGAUUUCAACUUGAAUUUAUUACAAACUACCGAUUUUAACGUUGUUCGAGUAGAAAAUGUCUUAUUUCCAGCAGGUUCCUCAAUGAAAAUUAGAUAAAUUUAUUUUGGUGGACUGUUUCGAUAUAUUAUCGUCGGCGCGUGCAGUCGUUGUCUGACCGUAGAGGCAAACAUUAGGUACUAUUGUGACUAUUGCUGGCGUGUUGGCAGCAUUAUUUUAAUGUAAUUGACGAGACGUGGCACACAUAAUUUACUAUAUGUAAAAAAGUUAUAGAAUUAAUUUAAUAAAAUUAUAAAUAAA